CGGUCAGCGUCCUCUUAGUUGCUGAAGCAAGUGUCAUGGCGUCGUUUGAGUGCGUAUAAAUAUAUAUCGUUUUCUGGGAAACAUUAUUUGUAAAUACUCACGGAUCCUAUGAACAGUAUGAACAGUUUGAAAAUGAAGAGAUCUCCGUUAAACACGCCGAGUGGUAGUAGGGAGAAACAAAGUUACAACUGGAGGUCGCACGACUACAAAAAUAGAAUAGGUUAUGGUCCCGGUAAAAGUGAUGGUCAUCAGUGUCAUACUCCGAAAACUUCACCGAGUCAGAAACAUUUAGGGAAUGACUUUAUCCCGUUGAAUAUCAGCACUCCAUUGCCAGAGCACAAGAGGUUCAGUAAUAAUUGGAACGGCUAUGGGGGUCGAAAUCACCAUAAUUCAGGUAGUGGCGGGUUUAAACACUACAGGAACCAGUACCAUUCGAGCCCAAAGUCAAAUUUCAGUAAUUCAUACUCUCCUUACAAGCUCUCUGGCAAGCAAUUUUACGGCCAGAAAAGGGUUCAGCGAAGGGAUACACGCAAACAGAUUGACAUAUCAUCCUACGUUGAUAUGAAAGCCUUUUUGGAAGAUCCUUGGGCAGAUUUGACGAAAAUGUUGAAUGAAUCUAAAGAGACAAGUGAGAACGAAUCGUCUAAGCUUGAACAGUCGUCCUUGUCGCAAGUCGAUGUAGAUUCAGAUUCGAAUGCUGAAUGUAAAUCUGUGUCGAACGUCGACGAUUCUUAUUCUAGUUCAAAAUCUAGGAACGAAUCUUUCGUAGACAUAAAAUUGCGGUUGGAUGAUACGGAUGUUAGCAAUAAGUCGCAAACAGAGAGCUCGAUAGAUUUAAAGAUUGAUGAUAUGAGAUGCAGUCAAGAUUCAGAAGAUGACGGCGUUUGCAAUAAUAGUAGUAGCAUAAGUGAAAGUAUUGAAAGUGAGAGUAACGUUAAUGAUCGUGCUUUAGAGACAAAUGUAGUUCAAGCUCUUGUAUAACAGUGACAAAGAGUAAAAUGCACAUAAGAAGAGUGGCAAUUCUUCAGUUUAGUGCAUGGUACGUUUCAUAUUGUAUAUACAAAUAUUCAGUUGUACAUAAGCAUUACAAAAAUCUAAGCUCGUUUUAGAUUUUUGGAAUAAUAAUCUAGUAUGUAAACAAACAAAAAAAAAAAAAACAAAAAAAACAGAUACUAAUUUUUUAGUAAUGUAAACUCUUUUUCCGUCUUGAAGGUAGCUCUAUCAGAGAAGCAUAUCUAACAUAUAUGCGAAGUACGAUAUAUUGAAAUUAUCUUUUAAAUUAUAUCUUCACAAAAAGGCUGUGAAAAAGAACGUAGUUUACAUGAAAAAAAAAAAAAAUUAUACAUGUGCAAUUUUUCAGUAUGUACUGAAAAAGAAGAAGUAUAAUAACAAGAUGAAAAGAAGUCUUAUGAAUGAAGAAGUUUCAAAUAGAUUCAAUAUAUAAAUACAUUUAUUGGUCAAAAGUGUCAUAUAUACAAAUGAGAUUAUAUUACACAGUUUUAUGACAAUUUCAUAUACAUAUAUCGCUGUACCAUGGGACUUCUUUUCAUCUCAGUACAAUAAGUACAUAUGGGAUAUGAGGGAACAUUAAACCAUAACACCAAUUUCUCACCAAUAAAUUAAGAACAAUGUAAGCUACAGUUAACAAAACGUAAUGCGCUCAGAAAUUAAUUUUAACUUCACCUGAACGAAGCGAUCGAUAAAAUGUCCAUAUCUUCAAAUAUUAUUGUUGGAUGGUGGCUUUCGAUUGAUUUCAAUUUGUUAAUCCAUGUGUAUUUCUUGUGCUAAAAUACAGAAAUGUAUGCAUGAUGAAUUAAGAGUAUGUAUGUAUAUAUAUAUAUAUAUAUAUAUAUAUACAUAUUGUAAUAUCCAUCUAGGCAAAUGCAAUGUUAUAUACAAGCGUAGAAAUAAUCAUAAAACAUGCCCAAGUAUGAAUUUGGAAUUUAACUCUGCUGCAUUAUUUACGUAUCGUCUUAUCUUCGAUUUACACCGUACUCGAUUAUAUAUUUGUGUUAAAAUUCUGUAAGUAACAAAUUGUCACGUGCAUUUGUUCUUACUUUGAAUUUGGAGAAAACGUGCUAAUGUAGUGAAGUAUUUGUAAAAUUAAAAUGGCUAGGAUACAAAAUUUGUACAAUUGUUAUCGUAGAGAAAAAGUUUAUUUCCGAUCUUUACACAUUUUUAUAACACGUGCUUUAAACGACAUGCUUUAAACGUGUCCUAUAUGUUUGAUUGACAUAGUAACUCGAUGUACAAAUGAUGAUCUGGUACAAAAAUUUACAUAAUUUAAGAGAUUCCUGGUUUCAUUUCUUCAAAUUGUGAUCGUGCAAAAAAUGUAAUUGAUGUCUAAAGCUGUAAUCUGUACAAGAGGAAAUUGUUUAAAAUACACUUAAACUAUGAUAGUA